CAGUGGCGCGGGUUCUGCUGACGAGAAGCUCGUCCCUGGCGCCCAAAAGUCAGGAAGAAGGGAGGCGAGGCUCGGGCUUAGUGGCCCGCCAUGUUUUUCACCAAGUGGGGUGUGUAGAAGAGGCCGGGGUGAAAAAUCAUCUCUCGGGACAUGCAGAGUCAAAAUGGGAAGGAGAUUAUAUAUAUCCUUCACUAAGGCCUGCCAUCCACGCAACGACGACACAUCCACCACCCGUGGACCUGACACCGACAAAUACUAGACAAAGCAACUAAGAACCAACAAUUCACGGAAUACAUAAGAAAUCACAAGAAGAAAGAAAAUAAUCAAGAAAAUUAUGAAAAGCCCUUACUUACCGAAGAUUGCAUAGUUAAAGAAAAAAAAACAGUUUCGAAUACCAAAGUAAAAUCAAAGCAUCGAAUCAUAAAUAAUCCAGGAAGUAAGCGUCGGGGUGGUGGUUCCAGUGGAGUCAGUAAUUUUUCAAGAAAAGACAAUAAAACAAUUCAAUUGUAACACAAAGAGAGAUGAUCACCCCAGGGUCAGCGGAGUUUGUGAGAGUUCAUGGGUCAAGGCGAAGACCAGCCAAAAGGGAAUGAGGAAUCCAGCGCUACACCUGGUCGGGAUAGCGGCGUCCCCCGGAGAAGGCGGGGUGUUUGGUACAAGGGCCGAGGAGGAGUUGCGCCUUUGGCUCGAAUCGCGCUUGGACGCUUUGGGAAUCGACCCAGUAGCGUACUCGCGUUUUGUUCUGAGCCUAUUGCGCCGCCCCGACUCGGCCCUGAGUCCUCUUGCCGAGGCCGUGGGUAACGCUCGCGGUGGAGGACGACGUACCCGUCUUCGGCCCCGGACACGGCUACCCCUUCAAGGAAUUCGUGAACAAAGACGCGCAGUUGUACAAUGCCUCACAAGUGCAGCUGAUCAGAAGUGCGGAGUAGAAUCAUUGGUCGAUGAACUGUGCGCCAAGCUCAGAGACUUGGAGGGGGUCGACUCUAACGAUGAUAAAGACGAGUGUAGAAAAACAGAUGGACAACCAAAGACAUCAUUAGAGUCGCUGACCCCGCGCGACAGAGCUCUCAGGUACUACGCCGCGUUUCCCGCCUUACAACCUGCCACCCCGAAGAAGUCUGUCCACAGGAAAGACAAGAAUUUCGGCAAUACCAACAACAAUAAUAUUAAAAAUCACGGAUUAAAUGACAUCAAUAAAAACGCCAGCAACAAGACUCGCCAAAAGAAGAGCAAAAUGUCCGUUACUAUCGAAACUCGCCGAUCAGAGGAAAAGGAAAGCUACGGUUUUGCUAAAGCAAUGGAGCGCGAGCGUGAAAAAGAGCGUGAGCUGGAACUCGAUCAGUUGCGUUUGGCACAACUGCAAGCUAAGUUUGACGAGAGCCUUGAGGCGCUCUGGGAUACUGGAUCGGGCAUUGGUCAGGACAAGGCUUCCAUUUGGGCUGCACCCUCACUCUCUAUUCCUUCUGGACCACUCUGGCCCGUCGACGCUGCAGAAAUACCUUUGACUCUUCCGAUUUCUGAAUCUGUAUCUACGGUCGACACACCUUACCAGGAAACUAUCGUUGACGACUCGCCAAUUAUUCCGUGGGACAUUGAUCCAAUUGGCGUUGAAAAAUACGUUAAUGAGAACGGCAGCAAAGACGGGACAACAGAGUACAAAUUGAACUGGUCCGAUUACAUUGGUGACGAAACAUGGUGUUGGAAGGGUCUUGGUAGCAACCUUGUGAAUUCGAGUGGCAGUCCACCGAGCGGUAGUUGUUUUUUUCCGGUGGUACCACGUAAGACUCCAAUCGGUACAAAAAAGGAGCCAGCCUCGAAUUCGAAGGUUUCGAGUGUUCACGAGGACGAAGAAGAUUUGUUGACGUCAGCGCGUACGCACUUCCGUCCGAUAAAGGACGGUGGUCAUUGGGCCGACGGGACAACCUUUCCGGUAAACAAUAGUGUCGAGCGUGUGGCGUACCGUCGCUCGGACUCGGGUAAUUUGUUGUAUCUUCCCGGCGGCGAGAGUCCUUACAUGGAGUAUCGGGAGAGUAACUCGCCGAAUCCAGUCACAUCAACCAAUCUGACGUUGAAGUUUCGGGUCCGUCAGUGCGACAAGUGCGUUCAAACGGAGCCAGUUAGGUCGCCGAUAAAGCGUCGCAUUCUCGCAGAAGAGGAUCACUUUUAUUAUUCUUCAAUCGAUGAAACGAUCGUCCGAGAAACAAGUGAAAUGGAAAAGGAUACUUUCAAUGUGGAUCAGCUGUCCUGGGUCAAGCCGGAUUUCCCAUUGAUAAAUGAUCGAAAAAGGAGACACAGUAGCAGCUUGAAAUGUCGGCCAUUGGCGGCUUUGCGACCGUUAACUUUAUAAGCUGUGUCAAUUGGCUGACGCGAGCUAAUACUGGAUCGAGCGAUUGGCAAGUUGGGUUAUAGCUGUUAUUAUUUUGAAAAACCUAGAGACAAGAAUGAAAAGAGUCAAAAAUGGAACGAAGCGAAGAGACUAAAUAAAGAAAAAGGAACGAUCGUGGUUGAUUGGAGGUUACGAGAGGGCGAGAGAGAGAGAGAGAGAGAGACGAAGUUUAAAACUAAACAAAGUUAAAAGAAAAACAAUUGUAACGUUAGACAGGGGGGUCCUCUUGGCAUGUGGAAUUUGUUAUGCAUGAACCCAAGGAGGCACGGCUAGCCCCCUUGCCACUUGUAGGAACCAGCAGUUAAAGAAGAAACAACAAAAAAAUUACAAAAAAAAAAACAAAAACAAAACAAAGUAAUAAAUAACAAAGAGAAAGAAAAGUGAAUAACGAGUAACGAGAUUAUGGAUGAAACAGAUAACAACAGUUUAUUUAGAGAAUUUAAUUAUUAUUAAUCUUUCCCCAAGCAUAAAGAGAAAAAAGAAGGGAGAGAAAAUAAUGAAAAAACGAAAAAAAGUAAAAAUUAUAAAUUAAAAACAGAAGUACAUGCCUCGUGACUCGUUAUCAAACGACGAGCCCGAGUUGAAUUAGUACGAGUGAUCGAAUUCUUGGUUGAUUUAUUUAUGAUUUGUUAGUGACGUAUUAUUUUCUUUCUUUUAUUAAUGAUAUGACAAAAAAGGAGGGGAAAGGGGGGAGGGGAAAAAUAAUCGGUUAUUAUGCUCUCAUGUACGUAUGUAUGUUUACAUAUAUGCAUGAGAAAGUGAAGAUUGUUUUUCUCCCGUUUGGUAACCCGCAUAUACGAAAGUUUAUUGAAACGUACCUGAGCGUGACGCUUGAUUAUUUAUCUUUGUUUGUAAGAAGGACGCGCGAAGUUUAUUUUGCGAUCGAGAGGUGGCACAGCUUACGAGAGAAGUGUUUUAAGCCCCGAGCUCGUCGCUGAUAACAUUGUAAGAUGAGGAAAAACGGCUGGGAUGCAAAUAUUGGGAAAAAAAAAAAAAAAAAAAAAACACUAUAAUUCGAUCGAUGAGCUUGUGAACGUGAGGUAAUCUCGAGAAUCGGUUAACGAAAAUAUUUGUUAAAAGAAAGAAGCCGCGCGUCACGUCAGGGACAAAAUGGCAACCGAUGCGUGCUGUUGUAUUUUCUUGUUUUCUCUUCGUAAUUAUUAACGAAUUAUCUUAAUCGUAUUUUCUAAUUAUAAUUUAAAUCCCUAGACACAUUAACACUUCCCUUUCCUCGUUUCCAGAGUCAACAAUACGACAACAAACAAAUACGAAAUCCCUUGCUCCGAUGAACUUUCCGAUUCAAACCCUUCCAAAUACACAUGAACACACACACACACUCACACAUACGCGCCACGUCUGCGCUCACACAGCGACACUCUACAUGUGAACAUUUUUGUUCACCCGAAAGAAAAAUCCUCUACCCCUGUUCCAACUUCACUAAACACCGACCCUAAAGAAAACCCAGUAACUCGGAACGUACAUGUAUAAAAAUGGAAAAAAAAAAAACAAAAAGUGUAUUCGUAAAAGGUACGUACCUUCGUGGGAGGCUACGAACAAACAAACAAAAAUUUAAAAAAGAAACAAAGCAAGGGCGAGAGAUGCGUACCCAUCCGUUAAUACGCAAAUGCAUCUUGCGAAAGGCCCGAAAUUAUCAGUGUUACGCAGAGAUAACACACACUCACACAAAUACACACACACACACACACACACUUUAUGAAUGCUCCUUCUGCUGUUAUAUGAAAGACGAAAUAUGGUGUAAAAUGACAAAGGUAUUGUAGAAUAAGAAAGUAUUGUUUGAACACCCGAGACGAAGGAAGAGGGAGAAAAGAGAGAGAAAGAAAUUCAGAGACGUAUGAAUGGGGUUGAAAAAAAAACUGAGAAAGAGUGAGAUCCGAGAUGUAAGCAAUUGGGAGCAAUAAAUAAAAGGUGAUGCAGACAGUC